AGUUUUGACGUAUGAGUGAAGUGAAAUGGAUUGUUGUGCUUGUACCAAAAUGUUUACCAUUUUUGCCAGUUUAAAUUCCAUUUAAAUUCUUUCGCGAAUUAUUAUAAAUCGAAUUCUUCGUAAUUAUGGCUUUUACUAAAACAGUCUUUAUCUUUCUGACGAUUCAAUCCAUCAAUAAAGGUUUUGGGGAGAGAACCAAAGACCAAAUGUAUGACAAUAUUGAUGGCUCAUCAGGUUGCUAUAGAAGAUUGAAUGCAACACAUCAAAUAGGGUGUUCUUCAAAGAGAGGUGGUUCCACAGGAGUAAUACAUGUAUGUGAAACAUUGGAUGACUUAAAUCACAUUCUGUAUAAUGGAACAGCUCCUCCUUAUAUACCAGUAAUGCCAGCUAGAUUAUUUACUAUGAAGAUAGUACAAAAAUUGAUUAACAGUAAAAAAGUAUCAGGGCUAGUAUUACACCUGAGUAAUGACACAAUCAAAUCUUUAGAUCAUUUCUCUCAUGAAUAUCAAUGCCCUAAUCCCCUUUCCAGUAUUGCAGAUACUUGUAGUAGUAAAGGUUCAAUUUGGAAUCCAUAUGGUACAGGCCUACUAUAUGCAGAUAUACCCUUCCCAAUAUUCUACUUGGAAAAUGAGGAUGAAGUUAUGAAAAUUAAGAAAUGUUUUGAAAAGUUCAACAAUUUCUCCUAUAAUACUCAAGUUGAUAGAUCCCUAUGCUCCUUAGAAUUGAAAGCAUUUAUGUAUGCAACUACAAAUACACAAACUUGUAGAAGGCGUUCCAAUAUAGCUUCUAAUAUGAAUCCGAUGAAAUUUUGUGAUCCUCUGGGUGACAGCAAUAUAUGGGCCAGUCUACAUCCACUGGUUGAAGGUCCCAAAAGAAAUGAAACCAAACCGAUUAGAGAUACUAGUUAUAUUGUAGUUGCUGCUAGAAUGGAUACCACUUCAAUGUUUGAUAGAACUUCAGGUGCUAAUAGCCCCAUUACGGGAAUUGUUACCUUAUUAACAAUAGCAAAGUAUCUUAAGCAAAUUCUUGGAGUGAAUGAAACAAGAGAAGGAAAAAGAAACAUUUUGUUCAUGCUCUUCAAUGGUGAAACAUAUGACUACAUCGGAUCACAAAGAAUGUUGUAUGAUAUGCUUAGAGGAGAUUUUCCAAUACGAGGAGUUUCAGAAGCCAAUGAUAUCUUGCCUAUAAUUCAUCCAGAAAAUAUAAGCCUAUAUAUUGAACUCAGUCAGAUGGGCAAUACUAACAAUGAUCUUUUCGUCCAUUAUUUAGUAGACAAUGAGGAGAUCAAUGAGUUUUAUAACAAACUCCAAACAAAUUCACGAGUGGUUAAGUUUCAAAAUGUUUCAACAAGUUUACCUCCAGCAUCCCUUCAUACUUUUUUGAAAAAUAUUUCUACUUUUCCUGGACUCAUUAUAUCUGAUCACAAAUCAAGUUAUACGAAUCAUUUUUAUAAUUCCAUCUUUGAUAACUCUACCAAUAUUCAAUAUCAAUAUUAUAAUGCUUCAGAUGAUGAUAGUCAACAAAUACCAAAUGACAGUUUACAGUACUUUAUUGCAAACGUAUCUGAAAUUAUAGGAAACAGUAUAUUUGAAGAAAUAACGAAAAAGAAGUACGAUGGAAAUGGGACAGUUGAUGUUACUUUGGUGGAUGAAUUACUUCACUGUUAUCUGGAGGAUCCCAAUUGCAAAGUACAUCAAGCUUUGAGGAAAGGUGGGAAAUUUUCAAACGGUCCUUUGAAUCUAUAUGUUGGUGUAGACCACGUCAUAAAUUAUGCCACCACAGUGACUGCACUUACUUUGGGGUGGUUUACCGGAGACAUCGUGGGAGAUGGAAAUGUGAAUUGCACAAAUCAUCCUAGAAACUAUGCAUUCAAAUUUUAUAAUAUGUCAAAGAGUAUCCAACAACUGAAUACAACGAAGUGUUAUAAAAUUACAAUGAAUACAACUGAGGCUAUCAGUCCGGCCUUCCUUAUUCCAGAUUAUGAUUGGUCUUCUGGAGAAUUUAGCUCAUGGACUGAAUCCACGUGGGCCGAAAUGAACGUGAGAAUGUUUCUGAAACCCUCGGCUGCUCACGAAAAAAUGACAAUAGCUAUAGGAUGUAUAUCCAUGAUAUUUUCAUUCGUCAUAGUGUAUUUUGUCAAGUCAAGAUCUCUUAUUUUAUUUACACCUCUUUCAGCUACUGAAUCACCCACAAAUUGCUAAUACAUUUAUAUAACCAUUGAAAAUGAUUCAUUUGAAAGAAAAAGAGCUCAAUGUUUUAAUUAAACAGCAAUUAGUACAUAAAAUCAUUGAAUUACCAUAUAAUAUCAGUUACACUCAUCUUCCUGAUCAUGUGUUAUACGUCACAAAUUUUAUAUUGUGAUAUAUUUCUAACUUAGUUUUCCAUUCAUUGUUAAUUUAGUAUUUACCAUUUUUCUUUAUUUAUUGUAAAGUUUGCAUGAAACGAGUAUGCAGUAGAUUAAUUUUAAUUUGUAAACGAUAAAAUAAAAUCAAUUAAAUAACAAUUCCCUGUUUUACAUGUUCAUGACACCUUGAGUAGUUGUCAUCAUUUUGUUAAGGAUUCACCAUUGUAACAAAUUAUUCAUAAUUCUGGUACGUUUAGCACCACAGGCACCACAUUUUUUCAAAUAAAAAAGUCUUAUAAUACAUAA